AUGAUCUGUGGCCCUUAUGACUUCGAGACAAUGCUGAAAAUGAAAAAUUUCUUGCCGAAAUGCCGAAUUUAUGAUUGCAAUAUGAAACCAGUUUCAUUUGAUGAUAACGAUGCAACAAAAUUUAAUUUAACCAAUCUAGAUGUUACUAUUAACAUGAAUAACGAAACAAGGGUUACGAACACCUCAAUGUUUUUUAACGAUACUACAAUUUCUGAUAAUGAGCACAGCAUGAUCACGUGCGAAGUGAAGCCGUUGGAAAAUUUUAACCAAAUGAUUAGCAAUUUUGUCGAAAGACAACCACUAAUCAAUUCCAAAAGACGCUAUCCAGACUUCUUCGUUCCAUUUUCGGAAGCUUGGAAGCCGAUGUUUCCUCUUUUAAUGGAUAAUCACUGUCAAAAAAUUACAAAAGAUUUAAUUCUUCAUUUGGAAAAGUUGUCGCCACGCACAGUGAACUCGUAUUUUGAGCACCUGAAUAUUAAAACUCGCCCCUGCAAAAUAUGCAAUGUGCGACCAGAAGAUCAGUUCGCAAUGUUCCUUCACAUGCUUUCCGAUCAACACACUCUAAUGGCAUUGAAAUGUGGUGGUUCGUUUUCUGCUAUAGACUACAAUGUUGCACAGAAGAUGAUUUACGACAUGGAGAAAAUUGAAGAGAAUCGCAGAAGUGCACCGAUUUCGUUGAAUUUCAAAAAUGAAUAUGCUUCCGGCCGCUUUCUAUUCGACGAAGUUGAUACAAGUACCGCAAUUGCAAGCCUCAAAAAUGGAAUUCGUCUUAAAAAUAAAUAUCCGAUGAUGACACGACCGUUGAAUGGAUAUGACGAUGCAAUGACCGCAGAAGAAAUCGAAACGAUGCUUCUUUUGCGUCAAGUAAUAAAUGUUUUCGACGAAGUUCCACGUAAAUACCGCGAAAGUCCUAUUGGUCCCGUCCAAACAUUGAGAUGCGAUUAUUGCGAAGAGAGCAUACAUGUGACUUAUAUGAACUCAGUAUGGGAUCAUCUAAAAUCCGAAAAACACAUCAAAUGCGUUAUCGAGUACGGCAUUGAUCGAAGCGAGGCCGAAUACUGGAUCUCAUUUUGCAAUAAUUUGUGUUCGAAGGAUGGGGUUUGUAUCACUAAAAAUGGAGUUCGGCAGUUCAUGACCAUUUUGGACAUUAAGUGCUCAUUUGCUUUGUUCCGAAACCAUAACCGUGAUAAUAUUCCUCAAGAACUUCUCCUUAACGAAAUGGAGGCUUCAUCGGCGACCAUGGAUUUGCGCAGAAUGUCCUAUCGUGCCAACUGGCAUUCAAUUUUUGCUGAAAACACCGACCCACCCAUUGGACUUUUGAACUAUUGCGAGCAUUGUUCCGAAGAUUUAGAAGGACUUGGUGACGUUGUCAGCCAUUUCCAAUCAAACAAACAUUGGAUGAACUUGGUAUUCGAUGCUUAA